CCUCGACAGUCCCACACACUGGCAGAGUGCACACCAAGCAGAUCCUGAGCACCGGAGUGGCAAAGAUGGCCAUAAAGGUAGAUUUUGUUGCUUUGCCAAGGAACCUGUUGAGGAUGUUACAGUUUGGAGCGAGUCGAUCGAAAAGCUGCUGGAGUCUCCAGCCGGCAUGCAUGCCUUUACCGAGUUCCUGAAGUCCGAGUACAGUGAGGAAAACAUCCUGUUCUGGCUAGCUUGUCAGGAAUAUAAGAAGAUCACGUGCAGGACAGAAAUGACGUGUGAGGCCAAUAGGAUCUACUCGGAGUUUGUACAAACAGAGGCUCCUAGGCAGAUCAACAUCGACUGUAAGACCCGAGCGACAAUAUCAAAAAACAUCACCGACCCCGAACUGGUCAUCUUCGACAUGGCCCAAGCUCAGAUCUACCGGCUCAUGACGAGGGACUCUUACCCGCGGUUUUUAAAAUCCGACAUCUACCAAGCGUUGCUGCAGAAAUGAAGCCACACCUGACUUUCUCUAGGAUUAAAAUGUCUUUCUUUAAGAGUGUGUGUUUGGUUCCCAGGUAAAUGCACGUACAUGUUCGUUCAGGCUUAAAACCGCUGAGUUCCCAUGGAGUUCUACCAUAAAAAAAGCCGCUCUCAAUAGGCCAUUUGGAACUGAGGAACUAAAAGGCUCUUCGUUAAUAGAUUCUAGCCAUUUAACUUCAAUAUGACAGUAUAAUAUAUCUUCACCAUAAGAAAACUUUCAGCAUGCAUAUUAGAGACCAAGAUAAGCAACUAUUCAUGUGAUUCUUAAAGGUUUAAGAUAUUUUCAUUCUCUGCUGGGGGAAAAUGUUUCGGUUUUCCUUAAUACAUUAUACUGUUUGGGAAAAGAAAUAUAUAAAAUAAUAAAACUUUUCACCUGAGACUGUAAUAUACUGUGAUUUGUACUUUCUUACAGCAAACUUUAACUCAACAAAAAUUCAGAAAAACCAAGCAAAAGUAGCUAGCCUGUAUAGAAAAGAGUAAGUAGCUGGCUUACUUAUGAUGAUUUAUUUGUCUAGAAAAUUUGUCUAAAAGAAAGAAAAAAAAACGAGCUAGAUCGAGUGAAGUUGUGGUAAAAAUAGUUGAAUCUAGCUAGGGGAAAAAAGGCUAGCUAGUUAUCUUAACUAGCUGAUUCACUUUCAGUGUCUUACUGAUAUUUUUUUUGGAAUUACAAACCUACGUCACGCCAUCUAGGUCUCUAAUAUGUGAGUCCGUGAAUCCAACCUAAAUUGAUCCUAUCAAUAACAAGGUGCCAAUGUUAUUAACUCACCAUCGAUCUUAAACGAUUACCUGGUAACUAGCGCACUUUAAGUAAAUCUAAUUGAGAGUGAACAUAUCAAGGCUGACAAACAUCGUUCUAUGGACCAUGUUCUAUUGUACAGAAAACUUGCAGGUUGCUGCACAUUGUAUUAGUUUGCAAAGUAAAUUAAGGUUGUAGUCAGGUUUGUGGUGUGGUUAUAUUUUAAAUGCAAGGGGAUUUUUUUUUUAAGUGCUUUUCAACCUUUUUUUUCUAAGAAAUAUGUACAUAUGUGUGGCAGCCUGAGAAAUAUUAUUUAAAAA